AAGCGGCACUCGAGAGAGCCACCUGCGCCUACCCUCAACCCCCCCCCCCUCCCCCCCCCGGUGCCAUCACCUCAUCCAGCCUCACAACUUCCUGCCUCGUGGGCAUUACCCUCCCUUCCUCCACUCCCGGCCCGUGGUGGCGCGGGAUCCCUCACGCCCAUCCGCUGUGACCCAUGACCUGGGCAUCUGGAACGUCCCUUACAUCACGGCUGUGUACGUGGUGCUGGGCUCGGUGCUGCGGAACCCCCAGACGCGGCCCAACUUCAUCUACAGACUGCACGACGCGGACAUGGCCAUGGCAACCAACAUGAGGGAGAAGGGCGUGUUCAUGUACGUCACCAACCUCGAGGAAUACGGCCACCUGGUGGACCCCGACUACUUCCACACCAAAUACCUCCACAACGACAUGUGGCAGAUGAAGGCCAACCGCCGGGACUGGGAGAAGCGCUACAUCCACGCGCAGUACUGGGAUGCUGUCAACCUCAAGAACCUCAAUGAAAUGCCGUGCCCCGACGUGUACUGGUUCCCCCUGUUCUCUCCACGGUUCUGUAAGGAGCUCGUUGAACUGGCCGACGAUAAUGGUGGAUGGUCAGAUGGUACCAACAAUGACCCCAGACUGGCUGGUGGCUAUGAAAAUGUACCAACAGUUGACAUCCACAUGAACCAGAUGGAGUAUGAACAAGAGUGGCUCUGGAUUCUUCGCAACUAUGUCAAGCCCAUGGCAGAGAAAGUCUAUUUAGGUUAUGACAGUGAUGCCCGAGCUAUCAUGAACUUCAUUGUGAGAUACAGGCCUACCGAGCAGUCCUUCCUGCGCCCACACCAUGAUUCCUCUACUUAUACAAUUAACGUUGGUCUCAAUCGCCCACACAUUGAUUAUGAGGGAGGUGGAGCUCAUUUCAUCCGGUACAACUGCUCAGUGGUGGACACAAGAGUGGGUUGGUCACUGAUGCAUCCCGGCCGCCUCACCCACUACCACGAGGGCCUGCAGACAACCAAAGGAACACGUUACAUCAUGGUCUCUUUCAUUGACCCGUGAUUUUGCUUUAAGUCUAAGUUAACCUUCUUUCUGAAUUUCUAGUCCAUAAGGUGGCCAUAGCUUAUUGACAUUUCUUUCAAACUUUCCAAAGCAUCUUGUCUUCCUAAAUGAGCAACAUAUUCUUGUAUGAUCAUUCCUGUAGAUAUAUUAUAGUCUUUGUAAUAGCUUAUAAGCAUUCCAGCCAGUUGAUUGUUUCUUAACAUAGCUUAUUGACAUUUCUUUCAAACUUUCCAAAGCAUCUUGUCUUCCUAAAUGAGCAACAUAUUCUUGUAUGAUCAUUCCUGUAGAUAUAUUAUAGUCUUUGUAAUAGCUUAUAAGCAUUCCAGCCAGUUGAUUGUUUCUUAACAUGCCAUAACCAUCAAAAACAAAAACUACUAAAAUACCACUGUACUAACCUUGUAGCUCUUCAGGUAUACGUCCUCAUCUCAUUCAAGUACAUCACUAACGUCAUACUUCCAAAAGACACAUACUUGAUUUACUGUUAAUGACAAAUGUCCAGGUCAUACUUCCAAAAUACUUGCAGAUUCUAUUAUAAUGAUGUGAUUUUUAAAAAGCAUCUAAGAUGGAUUCUAUUUUUAGCUAUUUUUAAUGCAGUACAUUAGAAGUAAGAAGUUGAUUGGUAAUAUCAUAAAAGUGCCCAAUAUAUUAAUAUUGUAUUCUUGCAAAACUUUAGUGUAUACAGUAGCUUACAAUGUAAUAAUAUGAGACCCCCAAUUACUCUACUUUAUGAGGAAUGUAUUUGUUUUAUCUUUAGCACCCAGCAGUUCCUUUGUUAGAUAAUAUAUAUGUCAUCACAAUGUUUAGGUAAUGUUUUAUAAAAGUGCUGUGCAGGACCACUGAAUCACCUCCACCUCAUGCUGUCUCCCUCCCCAAAACUCAGCCUUACUACAAGAUAAGCACUCUGCCUUGCUGCCACAAAACUCCCAUUUGCAGUGACAACAUCAUGACCCUGCAAGAAAACUAGUUACUGUAGUAAUUAGAUGUUAGUUAUAUUUCCUGCUUGUCACAUAGUUGUUACACAAUUAGAAUGUAACACAGUUAUUAUGACCCUGACAAGUGGCCCAAGACAUAGGAUGAAGUACCAUAACCCAAGGGCAUUAGUGAAAUAGUUGGUGUGACCUCUGAAUGCACUCUAGUAUCCAAAAAGAGGAAAUCUGUGAGAAUAUUUUCUUGCAGGAACUGUAUCUCCCAUACCAGGAUUGUCAGGUUGUAUUUUUUACAAAUCUUAAGAAAAAAUUAACUGCUCAUUGAAUGAUCAGGAAACAUUGUUACAGAAACACAUGAAAUAUGCAAAUUAUUCUUGUAUAAAUGAAAACCAAUCAGUUAACGUGUACACUUAAAAUAAAUGUGUAACACAAAUAUAUUUGUAGGUCAGUUGCAAUUAUGUCAUAUUUAUAGUGUUUGAUGUGGUACAUCCCCUUUUCAUGUUGGAUUCAGGACAAGAUAGGCAUGGACAUUCUUUUUAUAAUGGAAUGUGUUACCAAAUUUGCUUCAAGGCUGAAUGUUUAGGAAAUUAAUAGAGUAUUUUUAUGUGCUUUUGCUAGUAAUGAGUACUGUAAAUUUGCCUUAGUAACAAGAGUAUGAUCUGUGUGUAAUGGUAAGGCUGUGAAAAGCUACAACGUGCUUUUCCCACCAAGUGGCCAAAAGCAUCUUUAUUACAGCAUUCCUGAUAACCAUCAUUGUCCCUGCACCCCACCAAAGCAGGAUGCUGUGUGACCAUGUUGACAAGUUUUAAGUUUUAAGUAACAUUGAAGCUAUGUAACCUUUUGGUUCUGUCAUGAGACACAAUGGAAUAUAUCACAUAUUCUUAAAUUUAAUUUUUUAAGCAAAGCCUGAAGAACCAUGUGUUGGAUCCUACAAAAUAUUCAAAAAGAGCCGUGCCAUAGAAUCCUCUGUUAACUUUUCCUAAUGAAAGAAUACUAUGCUUGAUGAGAAGUGAGGGCAAAGACUCAUCCACAGUUUACACAUUACUUCUCAUUAGUAACCAAAGAAAAAAAGUAGAUACUCUUUUGAAUUGUGUUAGAACUACCAAUAUAAUAAAUGCUGUAAGUACAUUUACAAUAUAUUAGAUGCACACAGGCAGUAGUGUUGCAUGUACAUAAAUUUGGUAUUUUUUUCAGUCAUCAAGAAGUUAUCAGUUUCACAUUGCAAAAUGGGAAGUGGUAUUUUAUGUUUAGCUGAUUUUUAUUUUCACAUUUAUCUCAAAAUAACACUUGAUCAAUGGGUUCUGAUAUUUGCUGAUCUGAUUUCUACUGUAAAAAUUGUGUAUAAUUGACCAUAUUGGCUAUACAGGCAGCACCACACAUGACCGCUCGGUGAACUGUCAAAGCAGUAUACUUUAAAUAGAGUUCAAGUUAUAAGCUAGAGUUUGUCUGAGGCUGGCUGGCCGUGGGAUACACAGCCCUGGUGUAACCACCGCCCCAAGCCAACGAUUACACACUCUUCACUCUUACCUGAUUCCAUGACACUACUUCAUGAUGUUAAGAAAACUGAGGCCAGCAUUGUCUGCAUUGCAUCAGUAUGAAUUUAAUUAUUAUUCUCAUUUGAUAUUUUGAUUGUAUUUCCAUAUUUCUGAAGAUUUAAAGUUUACAGUAUACCCAGUAACUAAUAAUUGUGCAGUUUGUGCAGUUCAAGGAAGUUGAGACAUUUCAUCCAAAUACAUAUCAAAACUUAUAUCCUUUAUGUAGGAAAAGGAUAUAACCUUUGUGGAUGAUUAUUUUCAAAGUUGCAGCCAUCUGAAGGAAGGUUAAGAUAUCUUUUUUUGAUUCAUAGCUCACCUGUGACCUCUUCCCCACCUUUUACAGAGACUGAAACACUGAUGCAGGUUGUAUUACACUGUUGCAUAAUACCACAAGCAUAUAAGUUGCAUAUUUCAGUCUUAUGAAGGUAUACCUUUCCAGUUAUGUGAUAUAAUUUGUAAUGCUGUGCUGUUGAUCAGGGCUACUGGCCCAGGUUGAUGAAGUUAUGAGUGGUGCUACUUUUAUUGAUUGUUAUUUUAGAUAUAGUAAGAAAGCUGUCAUAUCAAUGAGUGAUUUUAUGCAUGCUGAAUGUAAACCUUAUGUGCAAAUAUCAGUGAUUAAAAUAAAGUUUUUACACAACCAA